AUGACGGAUCAAGACAAAAUAGAGACAGAUGAAUCGUUUUCUCCGCAAUUCACGCGAGAAGUAGAAACUAUUAAAGCAAAAAUUAAACAAGUCGUGGUACGUUUUCUUUUAUUCAGUAAAUUAAUCGAGAAUCAUUCUUCAGGAGGAAACCGAAACUCGCAGCUUUUUCCGAGUUCUCACCUCGAAUUUUUCGGAUAGUACCGCUAUGCUACGCAUCGAAUUCAACAAUAUUCUGAACAAAAUGGAGGAAAAGGAGAAGCAGUCGUUGCAGAAUGAGCUCAUCAAAAUGGUGCAUAUGGUGGCGGAAAAAAAUUCGCCGGACAGGAUGUAUGUGGGGUAAGUUCUUCAAAAACCAUAAUUUUCCGAAAUUUUUACGUAAAACCUUGAUAAAAUUUCUGUUUACUGCGUUGUGUUUGAAACAUUUUAUAAAACGUUUCAAACUUUUCAAAUUUGACGCCGAAACUCUAGUAAAUUUCAGAACAAAUUACGAGCGAGUAGUAGACCAACUUCUUCGGUACGCCCACGAAAAAGGCACAAUCUCGACAAUGCUGUGUGCGGAAGGACUGAUCAUGACGACGGACUUCCGAAUGUGCAGCCAGAUUUGCCCGGAAAAGUGGAAGUUCAUCUACGAAUGCAUUCCGAAGAUCGACUAUAAGGGCAAUCAGCGCCUCCUUCGAUUCAUAAUGGAAGCCCAGCUGCGGCGAUUGCCGCCGGAGCUCACUCCCGAGCAAAUGAACGAGUUGCGGAUUGUGGAAGACGUCGUUCUGCACAUUAUCGACCGAGAGACCAACCUGCUUCCAGCCGUGAUGGCUCUUUCAGAAAUGAGCAGAUACGAGGCGAAACAAGUGCAUAUUCUGCCGGUUUGUGUCUUUUUGAAAUGAUAAUAAUCCGAGAACUUCUUUGCAGAGACUAACAGAAGUACUGUCGGGCCUGUUGGUCUAUUUCCGUCCGAUCGCCGAUUUGAGUCACACUUGCGGCCGCCACUCCCUCUAUCCGAUCCCUCUCCAUCCGGCAUUCUGUCCGCAGUCGACGAAUUGGGAAGAGCCGCACAUGAAGCCGUCCUACGUGCUUCCCCUCCGUCCCGAGUACAUGACAGCCUCGGCGAGCUCGGUCACUCCCAACUUCCUCUACACUCUUUACAUGAUUCUCCGGCAACCGAUGGGCAAGGAUUGGGUACGCAUUCGAAAAAGUUUUCUCGAGAUUUACAAGCUACGAUUACAGUUUAAUUUGCAAUCGAAAAAGAGUCACAAGUCGCACUGGGACGUGCUCGUCUCAAUCAUGGUGUGCGAAGUGAUGGCGGAGGCGCAGUCGCUCGCCGAAAACGAGACGAUCCCCCGCUACCAAUGGGACAAUAUUGUGAAUAUUGUCCAUUACGGAGUCAUUCACAACCUUCUGUACGUUUUUUCUAGAACUUUUCCAGCAAAAACUGAUUUUUCAGCAAUGCGAAAAACUUUUUCCACGUGCUACGCGGGCUCAUCAAGCAGUGCAAGUACACGAGAGCCCGCGACGAGGUCAUGUGGAUCGUGUUCCAAGUGGUCGGCUCUCUCUCGAACCUCUCGCCCAUUUACGAUGCGGUUCCGGAGAUUGUCGGCCUAUAUCACGACCUGUUCGAUGGAGACGUCGUCUGGAUGGGCGCCUCCGAUCACCCGGCUCUUUUUGCGCGAUUCCUGGCCGCGGCGAGCACCUGGAUGAUUUUGGAGAAGGAUGUGAGCACUUUUCUAAAGAGUUUAAUUCCCUUCAUUUUCCAUUUCAAUGUUUCCAGUUCAAAGACAUGCCGCCAGCGAACGACACGAUUCGUCAGCACAUCAAGUUCAUUCAAGACUCUGUCGAAAACUUUGACGUCAACAAUCCGUCGCUGUUCGCCGUGCUCGCCAAUGCUUGUAAGUGCCACCGCUUUCACUCACAAUUCUCAUCCCCAUGUUCUCAAAAGUUUUAGUCCGUUCCGACUCGAAAAUGGGUCGUCACCAGAUCCCGAACGCGUUUCACGAACUGCUGCAAGGAGACGACGAGUCGACGCCGGUCUUCGAGCUCUCCUACAAUCGGUGCGCCGUCGACAAGUUCGACGCCUUCUCCGCCGAGUUCAUUCAGGCGCUGACGCACCGAUCCAAGAAGAACCUGCUGAACACGUGCAUCACGUGCCUGCGCAACUUCCAAGGCGAUCGUCUGCCGAGCCCCGCCAUCUUCGAGACGGUCGCCACGAUCUGUCUGUCGGAGGACUACGAGACGGCCAUCCGGGACCUGGAACAGUUUGCCAACCGCUCUUUGAACGUUUCCAGCUCGACGCCGGACUCUGGCGCCAAGGAUCAGUGCUACUUCAUGUACAACUUCCUCACCUACCGAAUACCGCACAUGCCCGCCUACGCAAAAUAUUCGCCGGUCGGAAAAACCAUCCCGAGUUUCAUCAAUCACUUCUCGAACACUCCGCAGAACCAUCAGAUUUAUAGGCAGCUGGAACAGUUUCAGGUAACUUCGAAAAACUAAGAUUUAGAGAAAAAAAUAAUUUCUGCAGAUGCGCCGCUGGUGCUGGACGGGUUUCCACGAGAACAUUCAAAACUUCAAGAGCCUGUUCGGCGCGAGUGAUCGAGAAAAGCCGACAACUCGGUAUAUGACUCGUCCGAAGACGUUCUCGUCGCCAAUCGACGGAUCGGCGUUCCCGAUAAACCCGGAGCUGUUCAAGUGUGCGCUCUACUCGUUCAUGCGAGCCCUCCGAAUGACCGGACAGGAGAUUGUCACAGAGAACACGACGUUCACCGCCAUCCUUGAAGGAUAUUGCUGGCCGUUGAAGUCGAUCCGCUACUUCCCGAGAUGGGCGCUCGAGGCGAUGUUCAAAGUGAAACGGUCGGAUUGGAAAGAGUUGCGGCCGGACUUUGAGGAUAUUCUGGCGAACGUCAAAGACAUCUACCGUCUCCAUCCCUCGCUGACACCCCACCAAUUCGUGCGCAAGUACGGCGACGAGCCCGACGCCGCCAACAACUACUACAUGCUCGCGGUGCUCUACAAGUUCGCUUUCGAACACUCGGACACCAAACAGGACCUGACCACCGAGUUCUUUGAGUAAAUAACCGAGAAGAAUGGGGUUCUGAAAGUCGUUUUUUAAAUUUGCUUACAGGGUUAUGGAGAAGAAGACGCCGAAGGACAUCGUGAUCAUGGGAAAUGUGAUGGUCGACUACAUUAUUGCCGAUGUGAAAGUGCUCGAAGACCGAAAUGAGCGCACAUUGAAACGAGUACGGAUGAUUUUCCCAUAAAACCCACAAUAUCUCCAUGUAUUUUCCAGAUUGCCAAAGCUGUCGCUACCGUAGUCUUCACGUACGGAGUCUACCAGGCCGACCGACUACUCCUUUCGCUCGUCGCGCAUCCGGGAACCGACGAAGAUUCGCUCAUCUGCAUCCUCAUCGCCAACGAGUUCAUUCUGACGUCGGAAUUCCAGGAGCGCAUCAAGUGGUACUAUCAGAAUGUGCCGCGCAAGGAGACGAAUCCGACCGAAUACAUCAAGGCGAUCGCCAAAUAUCAUUCCGAGUUUCCGGAGUUUGAAGCCGUCGAACUGGCGCACAAGAACGAUUCGGCAAAUGUGCACUUGCCGAUCUACUACGGUUGUCUGAUCGAACGACUUCUGCCGGUUCUCGAUCACUUCAUCUACGCUACUUUGGAGCAGCAGAACUACAGAUUCAAACCGCCAGUGCUGCAGACUCUGGGAAUGUUCUACAAGUUCCAUCCGAUGCCCAUCCACUUCAUGUACAGUCUCCUCUACAUUACUCACGGACGGCUGAGAGGCCCCGAGGCCCGUGCGUUCGUCAUGACUUUUGCGAGUCAGAUCGAAGAUGUCCAUCUGACGGAGGCGUUCGUAAAGUAUAACCAUCAAAAGAACUCGAAAGAGCAACUGAUCAUGGAGCUCAUUGAUCGAAUGACGACGAGUCUCGACUUCAUUCUCACGCCCCCGACCUGGGUUGCCAAUGAUUGGAAGACCGCCGAACUCCCGCCCGGCGCUCAGACCCUCUACCUUUCCUGCAUCGAACUUCUGGCGAGUCCUCAUCCUGCGGACGCUCUGGUUCCUGCGAUGAUCAACGUGAUGCAGAUGAAGCCCCAUCUCCGGCCCUACAAUGUGGUCAACUUGAUCGCCUCCCUGCUCACCGCCUUACCCGAAGCUUUCUCCCACUGUUUACACCUCGAAUUCCAAAUGGUUCUCUUCAAUAAAGAGACGGAGAAGCUGAGUUUCGAGGAGAUUGUUUUCGACAACUACGAAGAAUAUCAACUUGUGAACAUCUCAAGCCGGGCCCGAUCGAUAAAUGUGAUCUCGCAGGCCUACUGGACUCAAUGCCACCAACACGCACUUUCAAUCUUCGCCCGUGGCUAUGUCCCACGGUUCAUAAGUCAAGUGCGGACUGAGAAGGAUCUGUGGUACUUUCUGCGGCUGAUCCAACCGAUCCUCUCGCGUUUCAACGAAAACCAUCAGGAGAAGGCGAAGAAGUUGCGAGCGCAAAAAGAGAGUUUCGAGCCCAUCUUCAUCCAUGACCUUAUUUUCAAAAAAGUGGGCGCCAUGGCGCAGAGAGGUGUGGAAUUUGUGUACGAGAAGCAUCUGUGCGACCUGUUCUACCACUGCAAGUACCUGUUUGUGGGCGACACACUCAAAGAGUCGGCGCUCGCGCAAUUCGCACGAUUCCCGGAGAUUAUGCGCGAACGCAUGAAGCACUACGUAUCGCACACGGAUUCGGUGCCGUCGACUUCGAGCGCCGAAGAGGAGAAAGAAGCGAGUGGCGAGCAGUUUCGGCAGGAUUUUUUUGAGUUGCAACGAUGGCUAAACACGCAACAGGAGAAAAUCGAGGGACUGGAGGCGCUGGUUGGCGAUGAUGCACCGGAGCGGGUCGACUGGAAAAAGAAGAUAAUGGAUAUGCUCGACGAGGACGAGCGGGAGCGCGACAAGGAGAAACCGUUGUCGCCGAGCGAACCGCAAACUCUGGCUGAAUUUGAAGAGCUAAUACGGAAAGAAGAGGAGGAAGAGGAAAAGCGACGAAAAAUCGAAGCGGAGGCUGAAGCCGAAGCAUCAGCUCGCGCUCGAGCUGAGGCCGAAGCACGGGCUCGAGCUCAAGCGCAGGCUCAAGCUCAGGCUCAAGCCCAGGCUCAGGCUCAAUACCCCCAACAGCAUCAGCAGCAGCAUCAUCAAGUUCAACAAAACGUCCACGCACAACCUCAGCAUCAGCAGCAGCAUCAACCGCAGCAAACACAUCAUCAAAUGCAUAUGACGCCCCAGUACCCGCCUGGAAUUGUACAAAUGCAAAUGCAUCAUCAGCAGCAGCAGCAACAUCAGCAGCAGCAACAACAACAACAACAACAACAGCACCAUCAGCAGCAGCAGCAGCAGCAGCAGUUGCAUCAACAACAAAUGCAUCAACAGCAAAUGCAACAAAUGUACGGAAUGCAUCAGCCGGCGCCGCAGAUGGCCCCGCACCAUCCACAGCCACCACCACAGAUGCCCGGACAAAUGCAUCAUAUGGUAAGAAGAAAGGUCUGGGCUCUCAAUAAGUUUCUAACGCUUUUCUCUGUGUUGUUAUGCGUGUGUUUGUCGUCUUUGUAGCUCGGGGUAUGCACUUCACACUCUUAGAGUAAUGAACAGAAUAAGAAUCGGUUCAGUUUAAAGCAUUUCUAGCUCAUCAAUUUGUCCUGGGCCAUGUAAUUAGCGAAACUAAAUAUGCAUGCAUGCAUUCUUUUUGUCUGUCAUUUUGUUGCAACCACAACCUUUGUGAUUUCAAUAUACCGACAAUUAUUAAUUCAGAUGCACAACAUGACGCCACAUCAGCAGCAGCAGUACUACAUGCAACAAAUGCACAUGCAACAGCAAAUGCAACAACAGCAGCUUCAGCAACAACAACAACAACAACAACAACAACAACAACAACAACAACUCCAACAGAAUCCGUACAUGCAACACCAUCAUCAUCAGCAUCCGCAUAUGCAAUAA